GCAAAAUCAUUUUACCUAUAGUAUAAGUGACAAUAUGGCAACCGAAUUGAAUAUUAGCGUGAUAUCUGCGAUUCAUGGAAUCGUGACUGGUAACGAAGCUGUUGUACUGGUAUCCGGCACUGAGGGUAAUCGUCCAAUUCUGAAGCUCAAUGACUCCAACAAAAGUGAUAGCUUGCAAAGUGUGGAUGGAGAUACAUCUAAGUGGAAGGGUGUGUUGACAGGGUUUACCGUUGGAGUUAACAAGCUUAUCGCAAAUGAAGCUGGUGAUGAAGCUUCUGUCGCUGUUCGGGGCUUUCCUAUUGAAGGCCCAGUUUUCAGCGGGCCUCAUAUCCAGCCGUGGAAAUGUACCACUGAGCAGAAUGGCCUGGGACCCGCCGUGGAUGCAUACUGCAAUGCUCCGACAGUUACCAAAUACUACUAUAUGGACGUUAAAGCCUCUGACUUCCUGCCUUAUGAUCAAAAUAGUCCUCCAAAACCGGAGCAACUAGCUUACACCACCACCGAUGCGGGGGUCACGGUGCCUUACAUUAUCCGGCACGAGAAGGGAACUGCAAACAGAGGAGUAUGGGAGCUUGCUACCCUAUAUAAUCCCCAUGAACCAUGGACUGCGAUCAAUCCACAGAAGGGAUGGAACCGAAAGCUUUACAUUGUUGCGUUUGGAGGGUGGAACCAAAAGUACAGCCAGUCUGUGCUCCAGACCGGCUUGACGCCGGAGUUGAAGUACACGGUAUUCAUUGACAUGGCACUUCGACGCGGGUUCAUGGUUGCUCGCUCGACUCAAAUGCAAUCAAACACCAACUCCGAUUCCAUUCGCGCCGCUGAGUCCAUUUUGAUGCUUAAACAGCAUGUUAUGGUGCAUUAUGGAGAGAUUUUGUACACCUUUGCUUCCGGGCCAUCAGGAGCUUCCAUCAUGCAGCAGAUGAUUGCCAACCAGUACCCCGGUUUGUUUCAGGGAAUUAUGCCUCUUUCGAGUGUUCAUUCUAGCUGGUACGUUCCUGGGAUCUCUAUUGAAUCCAAGCUUCUGGAACAUUAUUGGACCAAAACGUCUCCUUCCCUUUGGAAAGAUGCUAAGGCACGCCUUGCGGUCGACGGACAUCAAGAUCAUGAUAUCAUGGAGUUCUGGAAUACGGUCUUUGGCUCUGAGAAGACGGGAGGUGUGGAUCCGACUCAAGGAACAGGGUUAGAGCCUGAUCAGACAUACAGCCCGCAAACCAACCCGGCUGGUGCCCGGGGCACCCUUCAAGAUUACCAGGUAAACUACCUUGGCAGACGUUUGCCUUCUGAAUGGAGCCACAUGGAGGCAGAGAUCAGAAAAGGAUUUGCAAACCUUCCAUGGGACAACGAAGGUAUACAAUAUGGUCUGAAUGCGCUCCUCAAUCAUCAAAUUAGUGUGGAGCAGUUCUUGGACCUCAACGAAAAAGUUGGCGGGGUCGAUAUCGACGCCAACUUUAUCCCGUCUCGAACUGUGGCUAGCUUGGUAGCACUGGAACGUCUCCAUCGAUGUGGACUGAUCAAUGAUUUUAGCCACUUAGCUGAAAUCGCUAUCUUAGAUAUACGUUGUCCAGAACGAGAAGACCCUAUCAGAAGCCACACUCAGUUUCAUACUUGGGUUUCAAGAACGGGCCUGAUUCAGGCCCAAGGUCAUGCCGAAAACCAAGCUAUUUGGAUGUGUCCAGGCUUCCGAACUGUUCAAGGUCCUCCUGAAUCAGCCUUUGUGUUGAUGGACAGCUGGCUUUCUUCCAUCUACAAAGACACCAGUGACCUUUCUUUGGCGGAAAAGAUUAGGAAAAAUAGACCUUCGAAUCUCUCAGAUGGACUGUGGACUCCAGAUGGAACUUCAAUUGGGGAUCUGGAAGACAUGAACACCACUUAUGCAACUUUUGGAGAUCCUAGAACUGUGGCUGCCUGCAACAAUCCGAAGGCUAUGUUCAUAGCGAAGCCACAAUUGAAGCCGGUAGAGUUGGCGGAUUAUCCAGGGGUAAAGUUCUCGGAGCUGGAACUUCAGCGAUUGAAGCGUAUUUUCCCCAAUGGGGUGGCUGAUUGGGAGAAACCUGGAAUUGGACAAACCCAAAGCAUACCGUGGCUUUCUUAUGAAUCAGGUCCCGGGGGAAUUCCAAUCUCCGUUGACAGGACCUAGGACCUUCAUCCCUUAUUGAUAUCACCGGACUUCUACAUAUUCUCUGUCCCUCUUCAC